AUGCGUUACCGCACCCUCGAGAUUCGAUGGCAUGAUUCCAAGCCCAUAUCCACUUGUGACUUUCAACCUGUUCCAUUCAAAAAAGCGCGUCCAAUGCAGGAGAAGAAUUUUGCUGCGCAGUCCUAUAGGCUGGCUACAGGAGGCGAGGACAACCACGUUAGAAUAUGGAUGGUGCACCCGAACAUCCUCCCGUCGUCUCUUGCAGAAGGUGCAGAUGGCGCUGCGCCACGCCCUGCUCGGGUUGAAUAUCUUGCAACACUCAGCAGACAUUCGGCUGCUGUAAACGUUGUUCGAUUCUCCCCUAACGGGGAAUUCAUUGCCUCCGCUGGAGAUGACGGCAUGAUCAUCAUCUGGGCACCUUCAAGCACGCCCCAGACCGCCACGUAUGGCAGUGAUCUGACUGCGGACGAAUUGCAAUAUGAAAAGGAGUACUGGAAACCGCGUACGACGUUCAGGUGCACAUCUAUGCAGGUAUAUGACCUAGCGUGGAGUCCAACUGGGGAAUACAUUUUAGCCGGCAGUACGGACAACUGCGCGAGGGUGUUUUCUUCCAGUGAUGGCAAAUGCGUCUGCGAGAUCGCCGAGCACAACCAUUAUGUCCAAGGCGUAGCAUGGGACCCGCUCAACGAAUAUAUCGCCACACAGAGCAGUGACCGUUCGAUGCACGUGUAUCGGAUCUCGACCAAGCAGGGCACGUUCGAAGCCCAUGCUGUGGGCAAGAAUACACGAAUGUCUUACACCCACAAUCACAGCCGCACCCCUAGCUCGCACAGCCGUUCCAGGUCCUAUAGACAUGAGUCUGCUGUUAGUGAUGUAGAGUCUACUGUCAGUGAUCAGCACAAAGAUGAUGUUCUUUUCUCUGGUAACUACGCUCCUCCGACACCGACCGCGUCAGUAGUCAGUACCCCAUCCACAUCGAUGUUUCCUCCUCCGCCGAUUGAGAGACCUUCUUCGAGACGGUCUUCAUUCAGCGGAUCUAAUGCCCCUGGCUCUCCUGGGCAAUAUGCACGAUAUGGGAGAUCCCCUUCUCCUAUGCCACCCCUUCCCGCAAUCCGUGCGCUUCCUUCGCCCGCAUGGUCGACUAUUAAACUCUAUGGAGAUGAAAGUUUCUCGAACUUCUUCCGCCGCUUAGCGUUCAGUCCAGAUGGGGGCCUCUUGCUAACCCCCGCAGGGCAAUUUGAGGAUCCCAGCAUCAUUACCAACAAGCCCAAGGCCGAGGCCGAGGAAACUCCCACUCGUGGACGUAAAUCCAAACUUGCAAUUACCACGAGCGAAACCAACCCUUCAUCGGCAUCGUCGGUGUUCAUUUAUUCAAGGGCGAACUUUGCCCGUCCUCCUAUAGCUCAGUUACCAGGACAUAAGAAAGCCAGCGUGGCUGUCAAGUUCUCCCCUGUGCUUUAUGAAUUGAGACAAGAUGUCGUUGGUGCAGGGGGGCAUAACGAACCUAAGACAGGAACUCUAGAAAAGGGCAAGGAUGGGUCAAUUUCUGUUGAUAUUGCUGGGCCUUCUGCGACACCUGCAUUUCACAAGGACGUAUCUGCAUAUUCUCCAAAAGUGGAAAAGAAUUUACAUGUCGAAGCGCCCACGCCUCAUGCUGUGGCUCCCGAAUUAGGUGUGCCUGCAUCAUCGCUGAAGCCUUCUACGCCAUCGCCAUCGAAGCCCUCUACCCCGGCGAUCGCUCCACUCAAUACUGGCUCCGUGUUUGCGCUGCCUUAUCGCAUGCUUUACGCUGUUCUGACCAUGGAUGCCGUUGCCAUUUACGAUACCCAACAAUCUGGACCUGUUUGCAUGCUCACGAAAUUGCACUAUGAUGAAUUUACGGAUGCAUCGUGGUCUCCUGACGGACAGUGUCUUAUCCUCUCAUCACGAGAUGGAUACUGUACCAUCGUGAUCUUUGAUGAAAUUUUACCUGCGCAUCACACUCAACAAUAUGCAUUACAACUUCAGUACAUCGCGCAACAUAACUUCGUGCCCCUCACAUACACGAUGACGCCCUCGUCUUCCUCGGUUCCACUGGCUGCUAUUGCGACGCCUACUAUUCCUGCAAAGAGGAACGAGCCGCCUCUCACGCCCGCUACUAGCAUUGACGACAAUGCCUCUGCGGGCAGGAGUGCACCAGAAGUCACACCUGCGAAGUUGGCACAACCCCCAAAGAAAAAACGCCGCCUAGUGUUGACGAAGGUUGGGGAUAUCGAUUCAUGA